AUGGCGCCCAUCGAUCCUUGUUCAAAAGGACCGAAGGAAAGCCAUCUGUCCGGAAUAGUUCAAAAGAAGCCAAGAUCUUUCGGCCAGAAAAGUGGGGCCACAGACGACAGAUUUGCACAGGGCCAGAGCCUUACUUCUCAACAGAUAGAAGCUACUUCAAUAGAUCGAAAUAGCUUCUUAAUUGGUGCCUGUCUGGGAAGUGGGAUCACCUUGGCGGCAGUUGGAUUCAUGCUAACGAGAGCCAAGGUACAGACGAGAACCAGGCAUGCCCGUAUCCUCUUCCCUGAGCAGGAAGACAGUUCUUUCUUGUUCAACGCAAAGGAUCCCGAUCAAAGUGAGUUGAAGGAGAGAAUGCUUCCCUGA